AUGAUCAAGGCAGAACUUCGAGAUUUCAGUGCAGGAGAUGACAAGGAAGUUGCAUGCGACAUUGUCGCGUCUGAUCAACGCCUUCAGGAUCUAGGGUACGCGGUUGAAUUCCGCCGCGAGAUGUCUCUUUUCGGCGUGCUUGGGAUGUCGUUCUGUGCCAUCGGCAUCUUGACUGGAAUGAGCAGUGCGUUUCAAACAGGGCUAUUCUCUGGAGGUCCGCUUGGCCUCUUCUGGGGAUGGAAUAUAUGCAGUUUCUUUAUGUUUCUCAUUGCUUUAAGUCUCGCAGAGAUUUGCAGUACAUACCCAACAAUGGGAGGACUCUACUUUUGGGUUUGCAAAAUGAAACCAGACAUGCCUAUCCUUGGUUUUUUCACUGGCUGGCUUUAUUCCAUGGCUAUGGUGUUUACCGGUGCUGCCGGAAAUUUGAGUAUUGCUCUAUACCUUGCAUCAAUGGCAGAGGUUGGACAAGGAAGGACUUUGACGGGAAUAGAAAUCACUGCCAUCGCAUGGGCCAUGAAUAUAUUCUCUGGCAUUAUCAAUACCAUCGGAACGAAGGCUAUAGGACGAAUGAGUGCGUUCAAUGUCUGGUGGACGCUGGGCGGGACGUUUGUGCUGGUCAUCACCCUGCUUGUGAAAGCGCCUGUGAAGAAUUCUCCGGAAUUCGUGUUCACGAAUUUUGAAAACUUCACCGGUUGGCAAUCGAAAGGCUUCGUCGUGCUUCUUGGGUUUCUUCAGGCUGUAUACACACUGGAGGGAUGUGAAACAGCAGCUCAAGUAGCAGAAGAAGCUGUACGCGCAGAAAUCCUGGCCCCUCUUGCUGUGGUAGGCAGCAUUGCAGGCUCUUGGUUAAUCGGUCUCGCAUACAUGCUUUCGCUUCUUUUCGCGGUCCAGAACAUCGCAUCCGUUAAGGCCACCACAUUCGCCCUCCCAAUCUCUCAACUUUUCUAUGAUGCUGUCGGGCCCCAGUUGACACAAGUGUGUCUGGUUGUGGUGACACUUGCUCAAGUGAUGGCUGCGUUUACAAAUUUUACUGCAAGCUCGAGGCUGUUCUAUGCGCUCGCAAGAGACAAUGCGUUCCCGUUCAAAAAGCAAUUUAUGGCCUUGAACCGAUUCCAAGCGCCAUAUUGGGGUGUAUGGACCAGCGUCUUGAUAGGAUGCCUUAUAUCGUGUGCCUACAUCGGAUCUGCGGUGGCAUUCAACGCCAUCCUAUCUUCAGCAGCCAUAUCAGUGAUGUUGAGCUACUUGCAACCCAUCCUUAUUCGCGUGUUCUGGCCUGACUGCAUCGAAGAAUUUGGACCUUUUUGCCUUGGAAAAUGGUCAUGGCCAGUGAACUUUGCAAGUUUUUUGUUUUGCGUUUUCAUCUGCGUUUUAUUCAUCCUACCUACGGCAUACCCGGUGAACGUCCUCAACAUGAAUUACGCAAUUGUUGCUGUGGGCGGUCUUUUGGUUAUAAUCACGAUCAACUGGUUUUGGUGGGGAAAGCAUAGCUUCAAAGGUCCUGUCAAAACAUGGGUCACACCAAAUUCCUCACUCUAA